CAUGCAGUGUACGAGACGAUUACUAGCUCCUCCGGGCUUCUGGAAGCGAAGUCUGCUGGAACUCUCGAGGCUGUCGAGCAUUGGUCCGCCGAGGCCAUCAAUCGUCCCGAGAAGCCUUUCCCGCUCGUCACAUUCAAUCAACCCGACUCGCCAGAGCUAUGCAAAGUCAUGUCGGACGAAGACAUGGGCGGCUUCUCAAAGGUCCACUUCGAUUUCGUUCCAGCACAUGCACAAGACCCACCACACAUUCGUUUCCACGGCACAAUCUCGAAUGAGCUUCCCGCCGAUAGACCACAGAUCCAGAGGUCUGGAUAUGCUGCUUGGCGCACAAGAGACAUGGGUCGCAAUCUGUUCGGCAAAGGCUUGUGGGACCUCGACUCGUACAGCUACAUUGCUCUCAAAGUCAAGAGCGACGCUCGCAAAUAUUUUGUCAAUGUUCAGACAGAGUCCAUUGUACCGACUGAUCUGCACCAACAUCGACUCUACGCUCAGAAGCCUGGUGACUGGGAGACGGUCAUUGUGCCCAUCAGCGAGUUUGUCCGCACAAAUCACGGUAUGGUCGUCGAGCCUCAGAGCGACAUGAUGCGUCAAAAGAUUAGGAGUAUCGGCAUAGGCUUGAUUGACCGUGUCCCUGGACCUUUCGACCUCUGCAUUGCAGAGAUCUAUGCCACAAACAACUCUGGUGGCAAGGACUUUAACAAGAAGCUUGCAACAGACGACCAGGACUUGGCCAGCGACGGUUUGUUGCUCAAGAAGUAG